AUGUUCCCGUUUCUAUUUUUCUCUCAUCUUAGAAUAUCUAUCUAUCUAUCUAUCUAUCUAUCUAUCUAUCGCAAUCUGUUCUUAUCUAUCUAUCGCAGUCUAUCCUUAUCUAUCUAUCUAUCUAUCUAUCUAUCUAUCUAUCUAUCUAUCUAUCUAUCUCAUUCUGUUCAUAUCUGUUUUAUUCUGUUCAUAUCUAUCUAUCUAGCUAUCUCAUUCAAUUCAUAUCUGCCUCAUUCUGUUUAUAUCUAUUUUUUUAAUUAUGUUCAUACGCAUGUAUGUAUGUAUCUAUCUCAUUCUGUCUAUAUCUAUCUUUCUCAGUCUCUUCAUAUCUGUCGAUCUAUCUAUCUAUCUAUCUAUCUCAGUUUGUUCAUAUCUAUCUAUCUAUCUAUCUACCUAUCUAUCGAUAUAUUUAUCUAUGUUCAUUAUCUAUCGAUCUAUCUAUCUAUCUUACUCUCUCUUUGUCUCUCUGUCAAAAUAGCUGUCUGCUUAUAUCUAUCUAUCUAUCUAUCUCAGUCUGUUCAUAUCUAUCUAUCUAUCUCUCUAUCUAUCUAUCUAUCUAUCUAUCUUGCCUCUAAUUUAGUGUCACAAUUAUUUUCUACCGUUUAUGCGACUUUCUCUUUCUUUCUCAUUCACUCUUUCUUCUUCCUGCAUUUUAUGUCAUUCACCCUUUCCGUCUUUCCGCCUCUCUCUUUCUCUCUCUCUCUCUCUCUCUCUCUCUCUCUGGGUAUUUGUGUGUGUGUCUUCCCACUCUGUUUCCCAUUCUUCUUGUAUGUCUCGUAA